UGCCCCAUCGAACUUUGCGAGUCGGACAGGGACAUCGCAAGGUCCUGUGAGGAUGAUCCGGAAGCAAAUAGCUCAAGGAAUCAUGGGACCGAGAUUUCGGUAAACUUGAAUAUUAAUAUUCAAGAACAAAAGGAUUCGAACUGGGAUAGACCAAGGGCAUUUUGUGCGGUCCGUAGACCCCCGAUUUUUACCGUGGGGUUUGAUAUGCCAAUGAAGGAGUUGAAGACACUGCUGUUGAAGGAUGAGGUGCAUCAGCUUCUAUUGACUGCUCCUGCUGGAAGUGGGAAGACCACAUUGGUCCAAAUGCUCUGUCAGGAUGAGAAAAUUAAAGGCAUGUUUGCGAACAAUAUUCUCUUUGUCAAUGUUUCUAAAACUCCCGAUGUGAAGGUCAUUGUACAAAACCUAUUUAGUUAUAAGGGUUAUCAGCCUAAGUAUCAAAUUCAAAGUGAAGAAGAUGCAAUCUGCCAGCUACCACAAAUGUUGAGUCAUAUUGGACCUAAUCCUAUAUUGUUGAUCCUGGAUGAUGUCUGGCUUGGAUCAGAAUUCCUUUUUGAAAAGUUUAAGUUUAAUAUUCCAAACUACAAGAUUUUGGUUACUUCAAGAACUGCAUUUCCAAGAUUUAAACAUACAUAUAACUUGAGACAACUAAAUGAUGUGGAUGCAAUGACUCUUUUUUGUCACUCAGCAUUCCUACAAGAUGAGAGCUCUUAUAUUCCAGAAGAAGAUAUCAAAAAGAUAGUAAGAGGUUGUGGGGGGUUUCCAUUGGUCCUUAAAAUGAUUGGUGGCUCACUGUGUGGGCAACAUGCAGUUGUAUGGCACAGUAGACUUUUGAAAUGGUCUGAUGGUCAUUUUUUUUUCAAUUCUGAUACUGAGUUGCUUCCUCAUCUUCAAAAAAGCCUAGAAUUUCCAGAUGACAAGAUCAUUAUCAAAGAGUGCUUCAUGGACCUUGGUUCAUUUUAUGCAGAGCAAAGGAUCUCUGCUGCUAUACUUAUUGAUAUGUGGGAAGAAUUAUAUGAACUAGAUGAAGAUGGCAUCCACGCAAUUGCCAAUUUGCAAGAACUCACCGUUCGAAAUCUGGCUAACCUUGAGAUGACAAGGAAAGAUGCAAGUGAGGUCAGGAGCUAUUACAAUGAAGACUUUGUCACACAACAUAAUAUUCUUAGAGAGCUUGCUCUGCAUCAAAGUAGCCAGGAGCCUAUAGGACAAAGGAAAAGACUGAUUAUGAACAUAAGUGGAACCAAUCUACCAAAGUGGUGGAUGGAGCAGAAACAACAACCCAUCAAUGCACGCUUAUUAUCCAUCUCAACUGAUGAAUCAUUCUUGGGGAGUUGGUGCAACAUUCAAGCACCUAAAGUUGAGGUUUUAGUUCUAAAUUUUCAAACAAAGAAUUACACCUUACCUGAAUUUGUGGAGAAAGCAAAUGAACUCAAGGUUUUGAUAGUCAGUAAUUGUGGUUUCUUUCAUGCUAAAAUAAAAAAUUUUCAACUGCUUUGGUCUCUACCCAAUUUAAAGAGAAUUAGGUUGGAGAAGAUUUCAAUUUCUUCCCUUUGUAAGACCCUUGUACCAUUGAAGAGUUUAAGAAAAAUAUCAUUAUUUAUGUGCAAUAUUGGUGAUGCUUUUGAGAAUUGUACUAUCCAAGGUUCAUAUGCAUUGCCAAAUCUAAAAGAGAUAAACAUUGACUAUUGCAAUGAUCUAAUAGAACUACCUGUUGGGUUGUGUGACAUUGUCCACCUAAAAAGACUCUGCAUCACCAACUGUCAUAAGUUGUCUAUAUUGCCUAAAGGUAUUGGAAAGCUGGUGAAUUUAGAAGUGCUAAGGAUUAGGUCUUGUACUGAUUUGUCAGAGUUGCCAGAGUCAAUUAGAAGCCUCCAUAAGUUAAGCAUUCUUGACAUAUCCGAUUGCCUAAGUAUUAGCAAGUUGCCAAAAUACAUUGGUGAGUUGUGUAAUUUAAAAGUGCUUAACAUGAAAGGGUGCUUGAGAUUAUGUAAUCCAUUGCCGGAAUCAACAAUAGAUCUUAAGCAAUUAAUGAUUGUGGUAUGUGACGAAGAAAGGGCCAAGCUAUGGGAGCCUAUCAAGGACGUCCUCACCAAGCUUAACAUUGAGGUGGCUAAGAAAGAUAUCAACUUGAAUUGGCUUCUCAAGUAGCACUUUGAGAACCUUCUGUCGCGGCUGUGGAGGUUAGCAACAAGAUGAGCAGUGCAGUUUACCAUUGAAACGAGCUUUCACUUGUCCUCUUUCAAAGGUAAUUCAGAGAUUGUUAUCAACUCUCUUAGGCGUGGAGACGUGUUUCACUCUUCUGUUGGUCAUAUUUUUAAAGACACGCUGUCUUAUGUUAGCUCUUUACAAAGUUAUACCCUGAAAAUUUUGAAUACGUCCUAAGCUUCUAAUUUUUCCCAUUCACCAGAAAAGAUGCAAGUAAGGUGCACAAAUAUUGCAAUGAUGACUUUGUCACACAACAUGAUGUUCUUAGAGAGCUUGCUUUGCAUCAGAGCAGCCAGGAGCUUAUAGGACAGAGACAAAGACUGAUUAUGAACAUAAGUGAAAACGAUCUACCAAGGUGGUGGAGAGAAGUUUUGUUGCUGUUGUUCUUGAUCCAAGGUAUAGAUUGAAGUAUGUAAAGUUUUGGUUUAGAGAGUGGUAUGGAAAGGACAAGGGGGAUGCGAUAAGCUCUAAGGUUCGGGAUGCAUUGAAGAGAUUGUAUGUGGAGAGAGUGGGUCAAAAUGGAGUUUUGAGUUCUAGUGGUAGUGGUGCUUCAUUGUCUAGGGACUCCAGGCCAAGUGUUGGUAAUGCUUCAUUGUCUGAUCGCAUUAAAAGUUAUGAUAAUAGGUUUAAGUAAUACUUGGCGGACGAGGACAGUGUGGAAAACAAAUCUGAGUUGGAUAGGUAUUUGUUGGAAUCUUUUAAGGACCUUGAUGUGGAAGAUUUUGACAUCUUGAUGUGGUGGAAAAUGAAUUAUUCUAGAUAUCGAGUCAUUUCCUAAAUUGCCCGUGAUAUGUUAGUUAUUCCUGUCUCUACAGUUGCAUCUGAGUCUGCUUUUAGUAUGGGGGGACGUAUUUUGGAUUCAUUCCGUAGUUCACUAUCUCUUAAUACAGUUGAAGCCCUUAUUUGUACCCAAAAUUGGUUGAAGGAUGCAAAGAGAAAAAGACCACUAAAGCUUCGAGAGUGCAUGGAUAAUGUGGAGGAUAUGGAUGGUUUUGAGAUUGACAAUGAAAUUGCAUUGGUUUGCCCAAUGCUUAUGGAGGAGGAUCCAAGCACCGUUGUGUUGGAUGAUGAUGAGUGAUGUGCUACUCUUUGUUUGAAGUUAGUUAGUAGUUAGUAUUAUUAUUUUGUAGGAGUUCUAGAAUGAUGCAUAGUGCAGACUUACUGGACAAAGGACUUACAAGAAUUAUCAUUCUUUUGCCUAUAUGCUAAUUAUAUUUGUACAUGUUAUUGGUAGUGGACUUUUCACUAAUGGUAGUUAUUUAGGUAUUCAUGGGUGAGAUUAUCAUUGAGGAUACAAGCAAUUAGCAUUUUUUUGCCUAAAUGCUAAUUUAAUUUGUAUAUCUUUCUUUUGGCAUUUGUGGAUAGUGACAAAUGGUUCUGUAAUAUGUUAUUAAGUGGAUACAUUAACGCUUAUUAUUA